GUCCAGCGAGGAUUUACACAGCUUGAUUUCCGUGGGACAGGGAAGCCCAAAAGGCUGGGUAGGGUUUUCAGGAACCCAGGACAGGGCACAAACAGCGCAGCUUUAGAAAAUAACAGUUGGGGGGCAGCGUUUGUAACUACGACACUUUCGACACUUUCUCCUAAGUUUAUUUUCUCAUCCUACCGUGACUUUUCAGCUCUUCCUUUCGACACUGGAGGAGGAAAAAGGCUCGGGAGAUUUUUCGGAGACGUCGGGAGCAACUUGAGUCGAAGCCCGGGCUGAGGGGCUGUGGCCAUGGCUGGGAGUGGAGGAGUCGGUGGGCUUUCACCGAUGGGCCCCGCGCCGCCGAUGUGGUAUCACCGGGACCUGAGUCGAGCCGCGGCCGAGGAGCUGCUGGCCCGCGCCGGGAGAGAUGGCAGUUUCCUGGUGCGGGACAGUGAGAGCGUCAACGGGGCUUACGCCUUGUGUGUGCUGUUUCAGAAGCAUGUCCAUACAUACAGAAUCCUCCCGGAUGAAGAGGGCUUUCUAGCUGUUCAGACAUCUCAGGGUGUGCAACCUAAACGAUUCAAGACAUUACCAGAGUUGGUGUCAUUGUACCUCCAACCAAGCCAGGGUUUGGUGACCACUCUCCUAUACCCAGUGGACAGAGAAGAAACUGCUGUGAGUGACGACAGGGACUAUUCAGAUGGUGAAGAUGAAAAACCACCACUCCCUCCCAGAUCCGCCUCAACCUCCACCCCCCCUGGAACAGACGCACCGACGGAAAGCACUCCAGCAGCUAACGGCCUCAGUACCAUUUCCCAUGAAUACCUCAAGGGGAGCUAUGCUCUGGACCUGGAGGCGGUUAAACAAGGAGCCUGCUCUCUCCCUCACCUCAACAAGACACUAGUGGCUUCAUGUAAACGUCUCAAUGGGGAGGUCGACAAGGUGUUGUCUGGACUGGAGAUACUGUCUAAAGUCUUUGACCAGCAAAGUGCAUUCAUGGUGUCAAAGAUGAUUCAGCAGUCUGUAAAUCAGGGUGGUGACCAGGAGUUGGAGAACCUUGUGACAAAGCUUGCCAUUCUCAAAGACCUGCUCUCCUCCAUAGAGAAGAAGGCUCUCAAAGCUCUCCAGGACAUGAGCUUGACCUCUCCGUGCUCCCCUCCUCCACCGUCGAUGCGGAACAGUAAAUCCAUCCCAGUGCAAGCCUUUGAGGUAAAACUGGAUGUCUACCUGGCUGAACUGACAAAGAUCGGUAAGAGUCAGAAGUACACUUUGUCUGUGGAUGUGGAGGGAGGAAGACUUGUGGUGAUGAAGAAGGUGAAAGACAGCCAGGAAGACUGGACCACGUUCACACAUGAUAAAAUUCGUCAACUGAUCAAGUCACAGAGAGUUCAGAAUAAACUGGGUAUAGUCUUUGAAAAGGAGAAGGACAAGAGCCAAAGGAAAGACUUUAUAUUUGCAAGUGCCAAGAAACGAGAGGCUUUCUGUCAACUACUGCAGCUCAUGAAAAAUAAACAUUCCAACCAGGAUGAACCUGACAUGAUUUCCAUUUUUAUCGGCACCUGGAAUAUGGGUUCUGUGCCAGCUCCUAAGUCUAUUGCAUCAUGGGUGUUGUGUCGUGGCCUUGGGAAAACUCUGGAUGAGAUGACCGUCACUAUCCCUCAUGACUUGUAUGUUUUUGGUAGCCAAGAAAACUCUGUUUGUGAUCGAGAGUGGAUUGAAUCACUACGGACCUUAUUAAAAGAACAAACAGAACUAGAUUACAAAUUGAUAGCAAUUCAGACAUUGUGGAAUAUAAAGCUUGCUGUGCUGGUGAAGCCUGAGCAUGAGAAUCGCAUUAGCCAUGUGGGAAUGUCCAGUGUAAAAACAGGAAUUGCUAACACAUUGGGUAACAAAGGAGCUGUGGGGGUUUCUUUUAUGUUCAAUGGUACUUCUUUUGGCUUUGUAAACUGUCACUUGACAUCAGGGAAUGAAAAAAUUGCCAGGAGGAACCAGAACUACUUGGAUAUCCUGCGACUGCUGUCUCUAGGAGAUAAACAGCUGAGCUCCUUUGAUAUUUCAUUGCGUUUUACACACCUAUUUUGGCUGGGGGACCUCAAUUACAGACUGGAUAUGGACAUUCAGGAGAUCUUAAACUACAUUAAUCGAAAAGAGUUUGAACCCCUUCUCAAAGUGGACCAGCUUAAUUUGGAAAGGGAAAAGAACAAGGUUUUUCUUCGGUUUGCUGAAGAAGAAAUCUCAUUCCCACCAACCUAUCGUUACGAACGUGGCUCACGAGACACGUAUGUGUGGCAGAAGCAGAAGGCCACAGGGAUGAGGACUAAUGUCCCGUCUUGGUGUGACCGAAUCCUGUGGAAAUCCUACCCAGAAACACAUAUAGUUUGCAACUCAUAUGGUUGUACAGAUGAUAUUGUGACCAGUGACCAUUCCCCAGUGUUUGCAACCUAUGAAGUUGGUGUGACCUCCCAGUUUGUUUCUAAAAAGGGUUUGCCCAAAUCUUCGGAGCAGGCCUACAUAGAGUUUGAGAGCAUAGAAGCUAUAGUGAAAACAGCAAGUAGAACCAAGUUCUUCAUUGAAUUCUACUCAACUUGUUUGGAAGAGUUUAAGAAGAGCUACGAGAAUGACAGUCAGAGCAGUGAUAAUGUCAAUUUCCUGCGUGUCGGUUGGUCGAACAAGCAGCUCACCACACUCAAACCACUGCUCUCUGAGGUCGAAUAUCUUCAGGACCAACAUCUGCUGCUGACAGUCAAAUCUCUGGAUGGAUACGAGUCAUAUGGAGAGUGUGUGUUGGCUCUGAAGUCCAUGAUUGGCAGCACACCACAGCAGUUCCACACUUACUUGUCCCAUCGCGGUGAGGAGACAGGGAAUAUUCGGGGUUUAAUGAGAGUCCGAGUUCCCUCUGAAAGAAUGGGAACCAGAGAGAGACUCUAUGAGUGGAUUAGUGUGGACAAAGAUGAAACUGGAGGACCUAAAGGAAAAUCAACUAUUCAUCCAAGGACAGGACACGAAUAUAUUAAGCCUUCUGUAGUUCGUAAACAACUUGGAGAAUUGGGUAAAGUCAGUGAGGAGGGAGAACGAAAUAGCAAAGAGGAAGCCUCAGCUAGACCAAAACAAGAUUCUUCAGACACUGACCCACCCGUCAACAACAGCUACAACAAUCCUGCCUACUACAUCCUGGAAGGUGUCCCCAACCAAUCUGCAGCUGCUGCCUCCCCUGAUCUUCUCACAUCUCCUACCUCUGCCACUGGCCCAGCAACUAAAGUGCCUCCCCCUUCCUCCGGCACUCGUGCCAAACCCCCCUGCGGUGCCCCAGGACCCUCUCAUACCCGAGUGCUUCUAACAGGGCACACCGUCAGAACCAUCUGCGAGGACGGCCCAUCCGAGGAGGACUCUUGUAUAGCAGCAUUGACACGGGCUGGGACAACAGGAAGCUCACUCAAUCGUCCCCCGCCGGACUUUCCCCCUCCCCCUCUGCCAAAAGGAGCCCUAGAGAUGGUCACCGAAGUGCCUUUUCCCAAAUCACGACCCGUUUAUCCAGAUAUGGCAGAAGUCCGAAUCCCAACAGCCAGUCCUGCCCCUCCCCUUGGACUUGGAGAGGGGUUUAGGCGAGGAGGUGGGGCAGCAGCAGUAGCGGCUAGUCUAAUGGAUGACCAGUCGUGUUCUGUGCUGCAGAUGGCAAAGACACUGAGUGAGAGUGAGUUUACAGGACCACCCCCACGGGCCCCCUCUGCACCGCCUCCACUCAGGGGGCAGGCUAUGGCUUUUGGACUUGACGCCUGUCGCACAUUCCCACCCAGAAAUCCAAUCCCAGAGAGCAUAGCAGAGGACAUGCCUGAAGAGGCACUAUGGGGUAGUAGUAGCUCAUCCUUGUCUGUGGGUGAAUCUUCAGUGGGUGAGUGGCUGCAGCGUUUGGGACUCGAACAGUAUGAACAGGGUCUUUUACACAAUGGCUGGGAUGAUCUGGAGUUUCUAAGUGACAUCACAGAAGAGGACCUGGAGGAGGCAGGCGUGCUGGACCCUGCACACAAGCGGAUCUUGUUGGAAAGCCUCAGACAGCAGCAGCAGAAAUGAACUGUGCUGUAUAGGUCUGUGAGUGGUCCAAACCAGCCUUGUAAUGCUAUAAGACUCAAGCAGCACACCUUAUCCCAAGUGGACUUCAAAAAUACUUUUUAAAGCAUACUGUAUAAAUGUACUAUUAAUUUGUCACUGUUAUACAUGUGGCCUUAUUUAAUAUAAUCAUUUCAAUCUUUUAUGUUACUCAACAAAAUAUAGCCAUCAGCCUUAAACUGAAACAAAUCUAGCUAGUUUUAUUUAUAUGUAUAUUUUUGACUGGGAGAAAUGGGAAUUCUUUCAGAAGAAUAAUGCAAAAAUGCAGUUCAUUUUUAAGAACUAAAAUCAAAUUUUUGAGCACUGCUUGUCUCAGGUUUUGUCUUUGACUUAUUUCAUACACAUUGGAGCUGCUAGAGUCGGAGCCAAGUAGGGAAACUGAGGUAAUCCAUUUGAGAAUAAGGUUUCUUUGUGAAAAGAGUAAUAUGGACCUAGGCUAGCAGUGAAGCAACUUGAAAUCAGCUUUUGUAUAAUGUUGGGGUCACUGACUUUUCAUACUAGUUGCUUUUUCAGAUGUUUUUGGCACAAAGGGAAUUAGAAUUGAGUAAACAUAGAGGAUCUGGAAAAUUACAAAGUCAUGGGGGAUAUAUUAGUAGCUAAAUCACUAUGAUCUCUUGUGAUUUGUAAAAUACUGAUUUAUUUGAAUAUUAAGCAGACUACUACAUGUUGCAAAACAUACAUUUUCAGUGUAUUUUUUAAUUUAAGUUUAAUUGCCCCGGGAAAGCGUAAAAGGCCAAGUAGAAUAACAAAUUGUCUUUCAAUAGACUGUAAUGCAGUUGCCAAAUAUGUCUGUAAUAGUUUUGAGUAUUUUAUUAUUUUGUUACAUUUUUUGUAGCAUAUUAAAUUUCAUGUCACAGAAUUUUACUGCUGAGGUCAAUGCUAUCUUUUACCAGUAGAUGGCGCUGCUACUUUAACGAUUUCUGACUUUGGAGAUUCGGGAUCUGAAGACACUAUUGGCCAUUAGAACUACCAUUCUCACCAUCAGGCCAGGUCAUUUUCAUAAUCUCACGUUUCCAUUUUGCUAAACCUGUAAAUGUGCCAUAUCUUGUUCUUUUUUUUGGCAACUUCAGUAUAGUGAUGUGUUGUUCAGAUGUUUUAAAUAUUGUUUUUAAGCCUCUUGGCAUUUCAGUGUUCUUGUGUAUGUGUGUAUGAAAAGUGUGCUCCUGCCAUUGUCUGUUAUUUGUGUUUGCAAAUGUUCAAUGUGUUAACUUAAUCUAAGACAGUUAUUCAUGUUUUUUCAAUUAAAAUAUAUAACAAUCUAUAUUUUUU